AUGGACUCAUUAAAAUUAAAAAUUGCGAAAUUAACGAAAGUGCAUAUCGAUACGGGAAAUAUUCAUCGCCAUAAGGAAUUAUUUCGGCGAAUUUUUAAAGAUUCCGUCGAAGAACUUUUAGCGAUUCUCGAAUAUGAAUUAAAUUACUCAAAAAACAAUGAAAAAGAAUUCGAAUUAAAAUUUGAGAAUAUUAUUGUCUUAAAACACGAUUCGGAAUAUUGUCAAUUGGCAAAUAUUAACAAAGAUGAUUUAAAAAUUACGCUAAAAGUUUUUAUGUCGGAAUUCGAUGCGAAACAAGUUGAAGAAAGUGUGGAGUUAGCGCUUAAACAACUUAAUAUUAUUGAAUCAGAUUCGGAGUUACGAAUUUGGUUGGAAAAAGUUUUGCCUGUUUGGAAGCAAUUCGAAAAAUUGGUGUCAAACAGAUUUGUAUAUGCGCUAGGUGUAGCCGAUUUGGAUAUCGCUCAAUUAAAGGCUCUUUAUGAAGCAGCUGAGAAGGUGCGGCCAAUGAUUGAUCACUACAAUACUGAACAUUGCUGUACAGUUCCACAGGAAUUGCGUGAUUAUGCUAAAGAACAUGAUAUUCAGUUAUUAACUCAUAAUGACCCACAUUUAGAAAUGUUGAGUGAACAAGUUGGCAAAUUAGUGGAACCGUUGUUUGGCGAAAAAAGCGUCCUUGAUUUGAAGUGGUUGGCAAGGUACUCAGUUUGGGUCAGGUCGAGAUCUGUAAUUGGUGCGAAAGGUUAUAUUUUACAGUUUAUGAAAGAAACGCAAUAA